AUGGGUUCGGGUUGUUAUUUAUCUCGUCAAAAACCAAUGGAUCAAAUUCAUUCAAUAUUGACCCAUAUCAAAUAUCCCGUUGAAUAUGAUAACAACUCAUCAUAUUAUAAAAGAAUUUCAACAAAAUUAUUAAAAACACAUGACAAUGAUAAAAAUAUUGUUGAUUAUAAUCAAAUAUUAUUAACAUUAAAUAUUCGUCUAAUGACACAAGAUUUAUCCACAUCUUAUCGAAAUCAAUUGAUAUUAAAUUUAUUAAAACAAUUUAAUUUAAAUGAUGAAAAAAUCAAAUAUUUUCAACAAAUAUUACAAGAUAAAAUUCAAUUAUCAUUAAAAAAGACAUCAAUUUUUCAAUUUAAUCAAAUCAAAUUAAGUGAUUAUUUUAUGUGUCCUAUAAAAAUAUAUUCAUUAAAAAUUAAUGAAUAUCAAGGUGGUAUAUGUUUAAGUAUUGAAUUACAUCAUUCAUAUUUUAAUAUUCUAGUAAUAACAUUUUUAUUAUUGAUAUCAUCUUCAACGUUGUCACCUUAUACUAUCAAAGAAACAUUUCUAUUACCCGAAUAUUUGAGAAAUCAAUUUAGUAAAAAUUUAUGUCAAUAUAUAGCUGAAAAAUUAGACGAAUUUUGUAAAAAAAAAUCAAUUGAACAGACAUAUAAGAAAAUUAUACCACUCGGUUUAUCUUAUUCAAUACCAUGUUUACAAAAUACAAUAUUUAAUGCGUAUACCUACGAACAAUUGACAAAAGAUGAACAAGAAAUAGGUAUUCGUUCAAUACUUCAAGAUGCUAUUAAUGAGACAAAUAGUCAUAUUAAAUUGUUAAUUAUUAUCAAUGAAACAAUGGCUACAUUAAUAUUUUGUCAUCAUUCAACAAAUGAUUGUCAAAUGGCUAUAACCAUUGGUGAUGGUACAAAUAUUUGUUAUUAUGAUAAACUUACGAGUACUGAUAUCGAUAACAAUCACGAAACAAUCAUUAAUACUGAAUGGACAUUAUUCAAUGAUGGUGAUGAUAAAACAACAAAUAGUCUUGAAUUAAUUGUCACAAAAUUUGAUAAAUAUGUUAAUGAUCUAUACUCAAAACAACAAAAUGAAAAAUUUCGAUAUUUUAGUCAAUUUGUUCAAGAUAAUUCUCUGGCAGAAUUACUACGCUUGAUAUUACUCGAUUUCUACCAUCGUCGAUUACUGUUUGAUCAUGAUCCUAUUAAGGCAAUCACUGUCAUCGAACAACUACAUCCGUUAACAAGACAAAAUAUUAUAACAGCAAAAGAUUUAAAUGAUAUAUCGUCAGAUUAUUAUUCACAAUUUCAACAUAUUCGACGUAUUUUAACGCGAAUAAAUUUAGAUUAUUCAUCAACAACUGAUUGUAUCAUAUUACAAUUAAUAUGUAAUCUUAUUUUGAAACGUGCAUCAAAACUCUGUGCUGCUGCAUUUGCCACUAUUAUCAACAAACAAAAAAUAAAAAAUAUAACAAUAGCUCUUGGUGGAAGAUUAAUUCGAGAAAAUAAAAAAUUUCGAAAUCAUUUUUUAUAUUAUUUACGUGAAUAUGUCACGAAAGACAUUGCUUACAAAACAAUUAUGUUAGAUAAUGUAUCGGGAAUUGGAACUGCUAUUCUAACAAUGAUUCAUCAGCAAAUGUUUAUAAUAAAUGAUGAACAACGAAUAUUAAAAGAGAAGAAACUAGUAACAACUAAUAAAGCUAAAAAUAGUAUUGAAUCGAAAAUAAAUAUACCAGUAUUGAUCAAAUCACGACAAGCAGAAAAGUGUCAACGUAGACAGUCGAUAUUAAAAAUCCAUUCAUCCAUUUCAUCAUAA